AAGUUGCCGUUUUGUUUAACAGGCAGUUACUAGCUACUAGUCGAGGGCAAACAUUUCCCGGUAAGAGAUUUGGGGUUGCUUUCACCAUCGGUAUCGCUCAUGCCGUCGCCGGCACCUCCAGACUCGGCCAUGACCGGCCAAAACGCUAGAAAGUCGCUCGGGUUUAUCUCAAACGCAAUGAAACACAGACACAACUUCAUUCAGUUCUUCGCAAUGACCGGGAUUUUGCUGCUGAGCGUCCGAUCGUUGGGCCAGAAGUACCGCAUCCACGAUCUCCAAGAGGACACCACCGCUCUCAAGCAAGAGCAAGAAUCUCUCACGGACCGCAUGAAGAACAUAAAACGUGGACUCCUCGACGAGGCCUCUCUCGAGCCCACUGGUCUCUUCGCCUCUCGCCUCCGCCUCCUCUUCGGCGACGAUCAUUAGACUCUACUGAACCCGCUGGCUAGUGAGCUUCUAUAAAAAAUAUAUCUUUGUUUUGUCAAUUUUACGUUCAAAGAAUGGAAUGGAAUUUUCAGGUGUUUAUGUUCUGCUCUUUGGGUUAAUAAUAUAAUUUGGAAUCUUUCUUGAAUCUGGGAAAUGCUCUAUCUUUGUUUAUGCUUUUUGUUGGAUUACAUGAUGUGAACGAGAAUUGAUUAAAUUAGAGCAAGUUUUCUUGCUAGAGUUUGUGCUGGUAUGUUUUACCAAUCGAAUUUAGUGGUAAGGGUUUAUCUAGGUGCCAUUAAGUUGAAUAGAAGCGUUGUUCAUGUCUGUUUAUAUUUUUGGCACUUGAAUAUAAUCUGUCAUGUUUUGCUUCGACUA